CUAGAAUAAAUGUUCACAACACAAAAUUUUAACCUUUUGAAAACACAGUCAUGGUCGAGUAAAACCAAAUUUUUGGCUUAACCUCAUUUCACUUCAACAACCUACAGUUUCCAAACCACCACCAGCCACCACCACAACAAUGUCUUCCACCACCACCACAACCACCUCCCUCACCACCCACCUCACCCUCCUCACUCUCCUCUCCGCCACCACCCUCUACUGCUUCUACAAAUCCCGCCGCCUCAAACCCUCACCCCCAUCCCCAAACCCCACAACCCGACCCGGAAAGCUCUUCUUCAUCUCACAAACAGGCACAUCCAAAGCCCUAGCCAAACAUCUCCACAACCUCCUGAUCUCCAACAACCUCCCAUUUGACCUCGUUGACCCCAAAACCUACGAGCCAGAAGACCUCCACAACGAAACCCUAGUCAUAAUAAUAGCAUCCACCUAUGAAAACGGAAACCCGCCGUCAAACGGUGUGUUCUUGUCGGAUUGGUUGUCGGAAAGUGUUGAGGAUUUUAGAGUAGGGUCUUUGUUGUUAAGUAAGUGUAAGUUUGCAGUGUUUGGGGUGGGAAGUAGAAGUUAUGGAGACAUGUUUAAUAAAGUUGGAAAGGCGUUUUCGACGAAAAUGCGGGCGCUUGGAGGGGUCGAGAUUGUUCCGUUUUGUGAAGGGGAUGUGGAUGAGGGGGAACUGGAUAGCGAGUUUGGUGUUUGGAGCGAGAAAGUCGUUCGGGUUUUGAAAACCGGUGAAAUUAAUGAAUUGGUUGCGGAAAGUUGUGAGGAGUUUAUCGAUGAAUCGGAUUAUGAUGAGGAUGAGGAAGAGGAAGAGGUGGAGACGGAGAUUGUUGAUUUGGAAGAUAUUGCGGGUAAAUCGCUUAAAAAGAAGGAUAUGGGAAUGGUUACUAGUAACGGGAAGAAGAAUGGAGAAAAGGUGAUGGUGACUCCGGUGAUACGGGCUAGCUUGACGAAGCAGGGUUAUAAGAUUAUUGGUUCGCAUAGUGGUGUUAAGAUAUGUAGGUGGACAAAGUCGCAACUUAGAGGGCGUGGAGGUUGUUAUAAGCACUCUUUUUAUGGAAUUGAGAGUCACAGGUGUAUGGAGACAACACCAAGUUUGGCAUGCGCAAAUAAAUGUGUUUUCUGUUGGAGACAUCACACUAAUCCUGUCGGAAAAAGUUGGCAGUGGAAGAUGGAUGACCCGUUGAUGAUUGUGAAUACCGCCAUAGAAGAGCAUAGGAAGAUGAUAAAGCAAAUGAAAGGAGUUCCAGGUGUGACGGCAGAGCGUUUAUCAGAAGGUCUGUUACCCAGGCAUUGUGCUUUGUCACUUGUUGGUGAGCCAAUCAUGUAUCCCGAGAUUAAUUCACUUGUUGACGAGCUCCACAAAAGGCGAAUUUCCACUUUUCUUGUGACGAAUGCACAGUUUCCGGACAAGAUUGUGUCGCUAAAUCCCAUCACUCAGUUGUAUGUUAGCGUAGAUGCUGCAACAAAGGAAAACAUGAAGGCAAUUGACAGACCGCUGUUUGGGGACUUCUGGGAACGGUUUGUUGACUCAUUGAAAGCUUUGAAAGAUAAGCAACAGAGGACUGUGUAUCGUUUGACUCUUGUUAAAGGAUGGAAUACAGAGGAUAUAGAUGCCUAUUCUAGCUUCUUUAGCAUUGGAAACCCUGAUUUUGUUGAAAUCAAAGGCGUUACGUACUGUGGAACGUCAGCUACAUCAAAAUUGACAAUGGAAAACGUGCCAUGGCAUGCUGACGUUAAAGCAUUUUCAGAGGCCUUAGCCGAAAAAAGCAAUGGGGAGUAUGAGGUUGCUUGUGAGCAUGUGCACUCGUGCUGUGUUCUUCUAGCAAAAGUGGAUAAGUUCAAGAUUAAUGGCCAAUGGCACACUUGGAUAGACUAUGAGAAGUUUCAUGACUUGGUGGCAUCGGGAAAGCCUUUUGGAAGCAAUGAUUACAUGGCGCUUACCCCAUCGUGGGCUGUCUAUGGAGCUAAUGAAGGUGGUUUUGAUCCGGAGCAGGCUCGCUAUAAGAAAGAAAGGAAUCACAAAUCAAGCCGCUGAUUGAUCAGUUUAUGGAUAGGCUGCAGAUUUGUUCGGACAUCAACCUCUGCAACCAAGAGAGCCUGUAUUUGGUUGGCUUUCAUCGUUGUUUUGCGACUAGAUACGAAUUACAUGGUCUGAAAUUUUGUCAAAGCCUUUUUUUUAAGAUACAAUUUUGCUAGUUCUAGUUUAGUGCUUACAUAUCUAUCAUCAAUAUGUUAAGGAUUGCUCCAAUGGUUUACUUAUUAGUGAGCAUCAUGAUAGAUAUAUAUGAGGAUUUUUGGCUUUGUGUUAUGUUAUGAUGCCUGAUGUUGAAUGUAGUCCUUUUGUUUAAUGAGAUCCAAGUAUCCUUAAUA